GUUUUCCAUGCCUCGGCUGCCGUUGCUUGCGCGGCACCUCCACUUUGUGCAUGCGACGAUCAUAUUAUACACUCGCAAUAUAGUUUUCUAUCAUCGAUCAUACUGAUAAAAGCAUCUGCGUACCUUGGUUCCCAUAGUUGACAACUGCAAAGAUGUCUGAUAACCCAACAACGCCUGAAGUUCAGGUCGACGAAAAUACCACCUCCGACUCCGACUCGGUCUUCACCGCUGACUCCGUGGGUGCAACUACCUCUGUUGCUAGCAGUGUUCUCAAAUACAAAUGGAAGCAUGGCCGACGAUACCACAGUGAUCGCGCGGGACAAUACAGUUUCCCCAAUGAUGACCAGGAGCAGGAUCGCCUUGACAUGAUUCACCACGUUUUUUGCCGAACUGUAAAGGAUCGAUUGUUCCUGGCUCCCAUAGACCCGGAGGGACUGAAUGUUCUUGAUAUCGGAACAGGAACAGGAAUUUGGGCAAUUCAGUUCGGUGACGAACAUCCUUCUGCGACAGUGGUCGGAAAUGACCUUAGCCCCAUACAACCAGACUGGGUUCCUCCAAAUGUCAAAUUCAUUGUGGACGAUGUUGAAGCGGAAUGGGUUGAGCCAAUCCCAUAUGAUUAUAUCCACUGCAGAUACAUGGCUGGGUCUAUCAAAGACUGGCCCAGACUACUUCGACAAGCAUACGCCAACCUGAAGCCAGGCGGCUGGAUCGAGCUUCAAGAAACAGCCAAUACGCUCUAUUCCGAGGAUGACUCGAUCAAGCCCGACAACGCGUUAGUCCAGAUGAUGGACCACCUGAAACUAGCCUGUGAUAAGAUUGGAAGAACCAUGGAUCCUGCACCGUCUUUUCAGCAGUGGGCUAAGGAAGCUGGCUUCGCUAGUGUCAAAGAGGAGCGAUUCAAGCUUCCAAUCGGACCAUGGCCUAAGGAUGAACGGCUCAAAGAGAUAGGAACUUUGAUGGGAGUUAACAUGAGAGAGGGUGUAGCUGCCUUUACGGCGGUUUUGUUUACCGAUGUUUUGGGAUGGUCACGCGAAGAGGUAGAGCUCUUUAAUGCUCGUGUUAGAGAGGCAUCACGCGAUAGAUCUGUGCACCCGAUGUUUGAUUGCUUGAUAGUCACUGGUCAGAAGCCGAAAGAGCAUUUUGUGACCAUGCUCUCCUCAAACCUUUCCGCCAUAUCAUUUGCUUUCAUGUUUCAGGGCUUUCAAAGCGUACUCUCAAAGCCCACCUGCACAGAUCAUACCUUCCGCUCCAUAAAGCUCGCCAAUGCCAAGAUUCUAUCCAUCAGCACCAAUCUCACCAACGCCGAGCUGCCGUCAUUCCCAACCAAUGAAUGGCCUAAUAACUCAACGGAUCCAUUUCCCGUGUGUCAAGUUACAGUCCAGUAUACACACCCAGGCUGGAAUGACACCAUCAACACAUAUGUAACACUGCCAGUCUCAGGCUGGAACGGACGAUUUGUUGGAGUAGGUGGCGGAGGCUGGUCAACGGGAGACCUACCCGACCUUGCACAACCUGCUUCCAAUGGAUAUGCCGCUGUCACUACAGAUGGUGGCCACCUCUUGGCUAACAGACAGGAGUUGGACUGGGCUUUAGAUAGCACCGGAAACCUCAAUUGGCCUGCUUUGCAGAACUUUGCAGCUGUUUCUCUGGAUGAUGCAGCGACAUUGGGAAAAGCCGUGACAGCGGCUUAUUACGGCAAAAAGCCAAGAUACUCAUACUGGAACGGCCAUAUGAUGGCGCAGAGGUAUCCAACUCAGUAUAAUGGCGUUCUUGCUACCGCUUCUGCUUUCAACUGGGACAAGUUUGUUACAUCGGAGUACUGGCCGCAAGUUGUUAUGCACAAGCUCGACUAUUAUCCUCCUAUCUGCGAGCUCAACGCCAUCACUAAGGCUGCAAUUGAAGCUUGUGACCAACUAGAUGGAGUCAAAGACGGUGUUAUCUCAAACCCAGAUCUGUGCAAGUUCGACCCCAAGUCUGUCGUUGGUAAAUCGGUAGAGUGUACCAACCCAUCUGGCACAAUCAAGAUUUCCAAGAAGGGCGCUGAGGUUGCUCGCUUGACCUGGCGCGGUCCGGAGACAGAAGAUGGCAAGUUUCUCUGGUAUGGACUUGAUCGUGGUGCAGACUUGAGUGGUCUUGCCAAUACCACAUGCACAUCGUUGAAGGAUUGCAUUUCAAGUCCCUUCGCCAUUGCUCAAGACUGGCUCACCACUUUCCUUCUUCAGGAUCAAUCAGCUAGUCUGGAAGACUUGUCCCACGCAGAGUACAGCAAGCUCUUCCGGCAAUCCGUUAACCGCUUUGCCUCAGUAAUGGGUACAUCAGACCCGGAUCUCACAGACUUCAAGAAAGCAGGAGGAAAAUUGAUCUCAUGGCACGGAACAGCAGAUCAACUCAUCCCGCACAAGGGCUCAGUGGAUUACUACAAGCGUGUUCUCGAGGAAGAUUCUAGCGCCACGGAUUACUACAGAUUCUUCGAAGCACCGGGUGUUGGGCACUGCAAAGGCGGCGAUGGAUGGUAUCCUGGAAGUGCCUUUGACGCUCUUGUCAAGUGGGUUGAGCACGGCAAAGCACCCGAGACUCUGUAUGCGGAAACUGUUGGCACGGAAAAGCGACGAGCUGUUGAGCUGUGCGCUUAUCCGAAGCGGCUAACAUACAAGGGGGGCAACCCAGACGUCGCAUCCUCUUUUACUUGCAAGUAA